AUGCAUUCCUACAUUCGCCCGAAUCAAUGGGUGGCGCUGAAGCUGCCUUCAGAUCAGCUGAAGCUCGUUCAAGUUAUCCCUGAUAUCGUCAUCAAUUUAGGCAGAUUCGGCACCUUUGCCGCCAACCAGAUCCUCGGACGGCCGUUAUACUUCACAUUUGAAAUUUUGGACUCGCGCGAUGAGACCGGUCACCAAUUGCGUGUUCUAUCGGCGACCGAGCUGCACGCAGAAACACUCAUCGCCGAUGGGGAAGGAGACGUGGAACCCGAAGACCUGGACACUGGUGAAAAUGGAGCGCCAAUGCGGACGAACCGUGAAAUCAUCGACAUGAACUCGUCCCAAAAAUUGACACUGGAGGAGAUCGAGGAGUUGAAAAAGGAGUCUGGUGGCGCAGGAAGAGACAUCGUCGCAAAGCUUUUAGAGUCGCAUAGCGCGAUUGACCAAAAGACCGCAUUCUCGCUCGCCAAGUACACUUUGCGCAAGCGCAAGAAGUACAUGAAGCGUUUUACCGUGCUCCCACUAGACGUGGGUAUGCUCGCCAAUUACCUGAUGGAAGAACGGGAUGCGCAAAAGACCAUGGAACUGCGCGAUGAGCACAUUGGACUCAUCGGGUGCUGGGGGAAUGUUCACCACAGCGGCAACCUCGAAGUUGCCGAGGGUGUCAAGCCUCAUGGCCGCUAUGCGGUCGUGGAUGAGACCGCCGGACUCGUGGUGGCUGCGAUGGCGGAGCGCAUGGGAAUUCUUUAUCCUCACGACGCCGAAGAGGCAGAGGAGCAACCAGAUGUCUCUGCAGAGACUACGACCGAGACACAGGACGAAAAUGCUCCAAAGACCCGGCGCAUACGACCUCAACAGUCAUCUGCGACUACCAAUACCAUUACCGUGAUGCACGCUUACGCCCAGCCCAACCUGUCGCUCUUGAAAUAUUUCGGUUACGAUUCCAACAACCCCGAUGAAUCUCACCCUCUUUACACUCACCUCAAAUCAGUUUCUUGGAUGCAGCUGCUUGAGCCCAACUCCGAUCCUAUCUACGCCAAUGAGCCGCCUGCGCUUCCAGCUGAGGAACUGGCCGAGAUGAAACAGAGUAAACGCACAACAUACUACCACAAGCGCAAUCGCUGGCAGAAGGUCAAAUCAGUCGUGGACGAAUCUCGGGCCGGUGAUUUCGACGGCCUGGUCAUGGCCACUCUGUUGGAACCAUCAAGUGUCUUGAAGACCAUGGUUCCACUUCUCGCAGGAUCAGCUCCUGUUGUCAUUUACUCGCCGAAUGUCGAGCCUCUCGUCGAACUCAUGGAUAUGUACUCCGUUUCACGACGAACGGCCUUCAUCGAGAAGAAGCGAGAGCUAGAGUCAAAAGGAGAGGCUGCCGAUCUUUCCGCUCUCUAUGAAGAGUUCGUGGUUGACCCGACAAUUCUCCUGCCUCCUACUUUGCAGUCGUCGAGGGUGCGUCCUUGGCAGGUUUUGCCCGGUCGAACUCACCCAAUGAUGACUGGACGCGGUGGUGCGGAGGGAUACAUCUUCCACGGUAUUCGUGUGUUCCCCAGUACGCAGACGAUCCAAGCCGCCGGCAAUCUCCGUCAUAAGCGACGAAAGGUGGAGCCAAAAUCGACGCCGGCAAGUGAUCGAGAUGUCGAGAUGACGUCCCAGUGA